AUGCUUCCUGCCGUGGGAGUUGGAAGGCAGCAGAUAACACAGUCACAGCGGCGCAUGGCCAGAAUCUACAGCGCGCUUUGGAUGUACUUUGGCAUCACGCUGGCCAAGCAGAUUAUCCUCUCCCGCUCCUUGAGUCUUGAUUAAACUCUAACCCUAUGACAUUAAUCCCAUUCAUCUGCAUCUUUAAUCUGUGCAGCAGGUCAGCAAUUCCUCUUUCACCCCUUUUGGGCGGAGACCCACAUCUCUCCCUCCGGACUGGGAUUUUUCCUGGCUGCACAGCUCUCUGCCUGCACUGUGAUAUCCCCAGCAAGCCAGACUGCCUACAAGGCCUGCAUCUGCAUUCUGCUUUCUCUCCAAAAGCAAUGACCAGGGGACGGAUGUGGCCACACCGUGAUGACACCUCACAGUGGGACGCUGACCUCCAGGAACUACCCUGGCACGUAUCCCAAUCACACAGCCUGCGAGUGGAGGAUCCAGGCAGCCGAAGGGAGCUCUCUUCUCCUGGCCUUCGGGGACAUGGACAUCGAAUCCUCCCAACACUGCGCUUCUAGCUUCUUGCUGCUCUCAUCCCCUUCUGAUGGCACCAGCCUUGGUUCGUACUGCGGGAAUUCAAACCCCACACCUCUGGUGAUGAACUCCAGCUCAGUGACCAUCCAGUUCAACAGCACCACUCACCGCUCAGGGCGUGGCUUUCUGCUCUCCUACGCGACCAGCCAGCACCCAGAUCUGAUUUCCUGUUUGGAUAAGGGGACCCAUUACCACCAGGAACAAAUCAGUGUUUUCUGCCCAGCGGGCUGCAAGGGUGUUGCGGGUGACAUAUGGGGAAACGCGAAGCAGGGCUACCGAGACACCUCGGUUCUCUGCAAGGCAGCCAUCCACGCUGGAGUGAUCUUGGAUGAGCUGGGAGGGCAGCUGACUCUGUCUCGGGAGAAGGGGAUCACACUCUAUGAAUCAGCCUUCGCCAAUGGACUCCACUCAAAAAGGGGGUCCUUAUCUGAAAAGCGCCUCAUUUUUCACAAAGCCUGUGACCAUGCUCUCGAAGCAGUCAGCUUCAACGCCUCCUCCUCCUGGCACGAGGUGAACGCCAUGGGGCAGUACAAGCCCUGGACAGCGGAGCAGGCGGCAUUCAGCGCCCACGGGAACUCGUGGGCUGCCGAUCCCAGUUCAGAGACCGAAUGGCUGGAGAUAGAUCUGGGCGGAAGGAAGAACAUCACAGGAAUUAUCACCAAGGGAUCCUCAGAUAAAUACAACUUCUACGUGAAAUCCUACCAGGUUUUCUCCAGCAGAGAUGGGAAGAAUUGGAAAGCCUACAGAUACAGCAGCGGGCAGGAGGAGACGGUCUUUGAGGGAAAUGCUGACAGCCUCCAAGAGGUCUCCAACACGUUCAUCCCCCCCAUCCUGGCCCGCUACCUCCGCAUCAUGCCCCAGAGCUGGAACCAGAGGAUCGCCCUGAAGGUGGCACUACAAGGCUGCCAAGUGGCUCGUCUGAAGGUGCCCCGGCCCUAUGUACCCAGUGCCCCAAAGGAGGUUCCCAUUCUGACCAGCAUCCCCACCGAUCGCACCGUGAUCCCAGGAGUCACCAUAAAUCCGGAAAAAGCAGGCUCCAUGUUACUGGUGAUGCUGCUGAUCGGGGGCUUUGUGCUGCUCUCGUCUGGCCUCUUGCUGCUGGCUCUCCUCUGCCGUAAGAAGAGGAAGACAGCAGCUGAUCUGAACUGCAGCCUCAUGAAAGGGUAUCCGAAAUUGGAAUCCAGCCAGGUGUGCGCCAGUGAGAGCCUACAACCGUCCAGCUCUGAACUGACCUCGUUCCCCAUGGCUGGGACCCCAGUUGAGCUCAGCGGGGCUCAUUCACCAGAAUAUGCUGAGCCUGACAUGGUCCAGGUGAGCCCCAGCAGUCAGACAGCCCCAUCCACCUUCAAACCCGCCCUGGACGAAGGCUACACGCUCCCGCUGGUAGUGAACCACUAUGACGUGCCGGGCAAGUACCAUGAGUACGCAGAGCCCCUGCCACCCGAGCCUGAGUACGCCACCCCCUUCACAGAGCAAGCCCUGGAGGCCGGGGGUGCCACUGCCAAGAAGAACACCUGUGUCAUCAAAGUAGUCCCCACCACCCAAGGUCGGGCAGGGUCGCUGGCCUCCCCGAUGUCCCCAGGGAUCCAGCCACAGUAUGACUUCCCAGCUCAGCGGCUUGGUGAGACGCCGAACAGCACAAGAAGGGAGGGAUCCCACCAAGCCAGCACUGUGUACACAGAGCCCCAGACUGAGCGGACUUCCACCCUGUGGGGUGACGGCUUAGCGGGGCUCACCACCUCCCCAGAAAGGCACUGCUUCCAGAUCCAAGACUUCCCUCUCACCCACAUUUACCACGAACCUUUGUGAGGCUGUGGAAAAGAGACUCACAUUAGACACACACCAGGCAGCUGGAGAAGGGGGUCCGGCUGCACUGGGGAAUCUGCUCUGGGCCUAUAGAGCAAGAAGCAGCAGCCCUGUCUAUCACCAGCAAAGGGAAAUGAAAUAGCCAUGGGGUUUAUAGCGCCGGAUUUGUGCGGAAGAGGCUGAUCCGUCUAACUACCUGAUUAUUUUGUUUGGGUUGUUUUUUUCCCUUGAACUUAAUAGAUACCCCAGAUCAUCUUCACCUCCCUUUCGGAUUCGAAGGGGCAGUGUCAGGAUCAAUGAUCGUAUAUAAAUAUAUAUCUCCUUUACCUGCA